AUGGCCUCUCUUGAUAACAUCCUCAACCCAGAGCAGCGUAGACGGACGGUGAAGUUGCUCGUUAAUGAGCCUCCGCCUGGGUGGCCUGAACCCUCAGAUGCAAUUUCUGACGAGGAUGUCGAGGAGCUAGGGUUGGAGCAUAUUCCUCACCCAGACUGCCCUGAUUCGCUCGCUUGUUUACCUGACACGGACGACAAGCCGCAACAUACUCUGCCCAUUAUUCUCCGCUGCGCGAUCCUAGGCUCUCCAAGACAGCGACUAACUAUCCGUGAGAUCUACGCGGCGAUGGAGGAGAAGUAUGCCUAUUAUAGAACGGCAGGGCAAAGUUGGAAGCAAUCUGUUCGCCACCAUCUUUCGCUCAGUAGACUGUUUGAGCACCAGCCAAGGCCCCCAAGCGAGCCUGGGGUUGGAUCGCACUGGACAGUGAAUUUACUUGCACCACCCGGAACUAAGCGGCCGAGAAAGCGUAAUCGGACGAAAGAUGGCACACCUCUGCCACCGCCGUCUACGACCAUGGGAGCUACGAUUAUCCAAGAGACUGGGCUCCCCAAGCGAGCCAACUCUUGUUUGGUCGAUGAAGACGACUCGAUGCUUUCUUGUGAGGAGGAAGAAGACGAGCUGGAGAGCGGGACGUCUGAAUGUGACACUGGAGGCAAAAUACUUCUCCACCCUUUCGAACGACGCAACUCCUUAAGCGGGCGGCUGACGCCAUACGAUGCCUCUGCAGGUUCACGCAUCUCUCCCUCGAGUGUCCGACCACAUAUACCAAGCACAGCACCACCACUACCACCACUUCCCUCUUUAUUGAAUCUAUCCCCACAUCCACAAGGCAUGGUUGAGCGAUUGCAAACGGAAAUCACGAAUCUACGUCGCCAGUCUGCGGAGGCCAUCUCGUUGUCGAUGAGACUCUCGGACCAAUUGGCACAGGCGGAAGCCGAAGUACUUCGCACCCAUUCUGCACUAGAGCAGACUCGGCUGCAACUAAGAGACGAAUCAAUACGAAGGAGACAAGCAGAGCAGAACGUAGACCAAGCUAUAAGGCUUAGAGAUCUGGCGGAGGAGGCACUCAGGGACUCUCUUAAGUUUUCGGGAUCGGACUUGACAGUUCGCAGGCAGUUUUAG